AUGGACGACAAACAAGAGACCAGUCUGAUAGAAAUCAUGGUGUGUUGUGUUCGUCAGGCCGCGACUGGGGAAUCCCCUGUAGGAAGGGGCACCAGCAAAAAGCUGACAUCCAAAGAAAACAAACAGGUGCUUGAGGACAAGACCAGGCUGACUGAGCACUUCAUAGCAACCCUUCCACAGCUCCUUCUGAAGUACCUGAUGGAUGGAGAGAAGGUGGCCAACCUGCUUCAGAUCCCUCAGUACUUUGAUCUUGAUAUCUACACCACCAGCCGACAGGAGAAGAACUUGGAGCUGUUGUUGAGGUACUUACACGAGAUCAUGGAGAAGCACACAGACUCUGAGGUUUUGGAGGCAGCUUCUAAGUGCUACGAAUCUCUCUGUUCUGAGGAAUUUGCCAUCGCUGGAAAGUGUGAUGUGGCAAGGAAGACUUUGAUUGACAGCCUCAUUGCCAAGUUCAAGGAAUCCAUGCACGAUUUCUUCGCAGAGGGUGAGGAACCGGAUGAUGAUGAGAUCUUUGCCCUGCUGGCCUGUCUCAAACGUAUUGAGGCUCUGUACAGUUGUCAUGAUUUAAAUAGCUGGGACAUCUGGGAUGAUAUAUUUCACAUCAUUAAGUCGGGCAAUGAUAGCCAGGGAAUUCCUGAAGAGAUUGUGUGUAAGGCCUUGGCCUGUGGUAGUCAGGCCCUGUUGUGGUAUCUGAACAAGCUGGACGAGGCGAACCCGAACAAGAACGAGAUGAAGUCCUUGAGGAAGCGUCUGAACGACAUGAUGAAGUACUGCCAUGAUCUGUUGUUCCACCAGCAGGACAAAGUCGGAGAGGAGGCUUACAUCACAAUCUGUGACCUACUGGUCAUGUUCAGCCGCCAUCUGGGGGAGAUUAAUGAGGUCAUGCGGCCGCUGGUGUACGAGCCGGACAAGAACCUCCAGCAGCAGCUCAGCAACUUCCUGACAGAGAAAGUCUUCAUUGAGGAUGACGACGAUGACAUUGAUGAAAAUGUGAAGAUUGAGGAACUCCACAAGCGUCGUAACUUUCUGGCUUCAUUCUGUAAACUGGUCAUCUACAACAUCGUCCAGAUCCGGAUGGCAGCUGACAUGUUCAAACACUACAUGAAGUUCUACAAUGACUAUGGAGAUAUCAUCAAAGCGACUUUGGGUAAAGCUCGCGAGAUCAACAAGGUGUCGACGGCCAAAACACUGGCACUGAGUCUGACCCAGCUGUACAAAGAGCUACAGAUGGAGAUGGGGGCGGUGGACCGGUCGUCAGAGGCCUUCCAGUCACUCAAGGAGUUGUCCAGAAGGUUUGCGCUGUCGUUUGGCUUGGAUCAAGUCAAGAACAGGGAGGCUGUGGCAGCCAUGCACAAAGAGGGCAUCGUGUUCAGUCUACAUGUGGACGAACACCACGACCUCAGCACCCCACCCCCCAACCUUUCUUUCCUAGAGGUCAUCUGUGAGUUCACCAACAAACUGAUGAAGCAGGACAAGAAAGUUGUGUUACAUUAUCUGGACAAGCACCUGCCCGGUGGGAUGAUGCCCCAGUCUCGGUCCGAGGAGUGGCAGUCCCUGUUCACCUACCGUAACAGUCUGUCCCAGGGAGACGGGGAGGUCCACCCCAUCACCCUCAAACAGGCCACCCAGAGGCGCUACGCUAACAAACGCAAGCAGAUCGAUGUGUCUGACCACGACUCUAACAUGAGUGACUGGGUGGACAUGUCGGUCGGAACACCCGCCCCGGGGGUCCCUGUGAUGGCCUCGACCGCCAUCAAACGACGUCGUAUGGAUGAGGAGAGCGUGGGUGGGGCCUCGGAGCAGUCAGAGGACUUCCAGGAAUCGUACAUUGGUGGGGCCCCUCCCACACCCCACAUGUCAUGGAUGACUGCACAGAAAGGACAGACCGGUGCCCAGAGGCAGAUGGAGGCCGCGUACGGACACUACAGACAGGGCGGAAACUUACCUCCAAUGGAGACAGAAGGAAGUGAGGCCAGCAUCGGCGACUUUGAGAGUCCAAGGUCACAUGUCAUGCCUCCUGGUUACUAUGGUGACGGCACACAGAACAUUGAGGAUCCGUCUUCAGAAAUGAGUCACCAUGGAUACUAGAAGAAUCAGACCUUCAGUUUCAACGUGUUUGCAUGGAAACCUGAUGAUCUCACAGGAUGAAAAUAACCAUUAACAUGGAUAACAAAU